GAGAAGGGUAUUAUCAUCCAUGGAGCAUUAUCCACAUUGCAGGGAGGAAGGGUCGAGGGCUUGAAUGCCACUUCUUCAUUUUCCCCCACCUUCUUCCCCCUUCCCGAGGUGCUCUGUCCGUGCAUUUCUCAUCGUCGAAUUCCAAUCUGAGUCUUGAGGGUGUGUCGCAAAUCGCCUCAGCUAUGGCUGCCCAGCAAGCUAUCGCUGCUUGUGGAGUGGGAUCGGAGUUCUGGGGCUCGCAGGGGAGGUUGAAGAGCAAUGAGGUCGGAGAGCUGUCCAGGCAGCAGGCGCCCUCCUCGGGGCAGCAGGCUGGAGUGGUGAGAAUGGCUAUCAGCAGGAAAAAGAAGGAGGAGACUGUGGAGAAGGCGAGGCAGCAGCUCGAGGGGUGCCAGUUGAUUGCUGGAAUCAAGUACACCGGGUUGACUGUGAAGCAGAUGCAGCAGCUGCGAAAGGCGUUGCCGCAGGAAACCACUCUCAUGGUGGCCAAGAACAAGCUGAUUGGCAAGGCAAUUGAGGGUACGGAAUGGGAGGCUUUGAAACCCGCCCUUAAGGGCAUGAAUGCGUGGUUGUUCGUGCACACCGAGGAGAUUCCUGGGGCACUGAAGCCCUACCGCGACCUGCAAAAGGAGCUGAAGCUGGAUAGCAACGACUUUACAGGUGCAGUUUUCGAAGGCAAGUUUUAUUCUCCUGAGGAAUUUAAGGCUCUGGAAUCUAUGCCCACCAGAGCUGAGCUCUACGCCAAGUUGCUGGGUUCCAUUCAAGGUCCUGCAGCCGGGCUUGUUAGCACAUUGCAAGCUCCCGCUAGGGAUCUUGUGUUUACACUCAAGGCAUAUGUCAAGAAAUUGGAAGACGAAGCGUAGGCUUGACGUUUAUUAACAAAUUUAGUUCUCGUACUGUAGUCCUGGUUCCAUCUUUCGCCCCCUCUUCAUAUCAUCUUCACGAGUAGUGCUCCUAUUUUUGAGGUGCAUGUUUCUUAUGAAUGGGAGUGAGGGAGGUGUGAUUAUAGGAUUACUUUGAGUUGAAUUGAAACUGUAGUCUCAGUUUAGGUUUUGUAGUGUACCAUUUUUACGGGCAUGAGAACUGCUGAGGCUACUCAGCUUGCUUUUGCAUAAUUCUUACCAAAAUUUGUCGAGCUUUACUUCGGUAGAGUAUGUCGAGAGCUGAGAGCACAUUUUGAUAAAUCGAGUGUUGCACAUAUUCUCAUCAUGUUCUGUGAAUCCGAGUGUUCGCAAGAAUCUGUGUACAACCACAUGCUAUGUCAAUGUCAAGCCACCUUUGUUC